GUUUCUUUGUAAAGUCGUUUUUUAGACGCUAUACACUGAAUAUAUAUUGUACUGUAGGUUGUUUUUGAUUAACAAACGGUUGAUAAUUGAACAAAAUAGGAAUUCAAGCUCGGUAGCUAUCGACCGAGCUAAAGUUAGCUAGGCUAUAUUGUACAUUACGGUACACCCGUCCGCAUCAUUAAGAGGUCAAAGGACAACAACAAAUAUGUCAGCAGGCGGCUAGUCAUUGUUAGUUACAUAUUUAAUCUGAUUUUAGCUGAAUAGAAUGCUUUAAUAUCUCGUAUCCGUGAGUAGGAGUGAUGCAAUAACAAUCUACCGGUAACUUUAGUCCAGUUACUGCUCUGUUAUGGCUUCUUUAGUGAGUUCCUCAUUACUGUCAUCUGUCAGACUUUGUUUGUACCUGAGCUCGCGAACAAGCAGGACGCUCUCUGCCAACGGUCGUUUGAGUCAAAGGAGUUCGUGUGCAGGUGUAGGUGCAGCUCUGUGCAGACAAACAAACUCUACCCGGUGGAAUGGGACUCGAGGGUUUUCCUCCCGCGGUGGCGGUUCAGCCGACGAUCAGCAGGCCCUGGAGGACAUCGCCAAGAGCAUCAGAGAGCGGCAGUACAGGAGGGUGGUGGUGAUGGCUGGAGCCGGGAUCAGCACGCCUAGUGGCAUCCCAGACUUCAGGUCUCCAGGCAGCGGCCUCUAUGACAACCUGCAGCAGUAUGACCUGCCCUACGCCGAGGCGAUAUUCGAGCUCAGCUUUUUCCACCAAAACCCGAAUCCCUUCUUCGCCCUGGCCAAAGAGCUCUAUCCGGGGAAUUACCGGCCCAAUCUGACCCACUAUUUUGUGCGGCUGCUUCACAAGAAGAGUCAGCUUCUCAGGAUGUACACGCAGAACAUCGACGGGCUGGAAAGAUUGGCCGGGAUACCUCCUGAGAUGUUGGUGGAGGCUCACGGUACAUUUGCCACGGCGACCUGCACAGUCUGUCUGAGGGAAUACGAGGGGGAGGAGCUACGCUCAGACGUGAUGAGCGGGACGGUCCCACAGUGUCCCACCUGUAAAGGUGUGGUGAAGCCCGACAUCGUGUUCUUCGGGGAGGAGCUUCCACUUCACUUCUUCAAGUACCUCACAGACUUCCCUCAGGCCGACCUGCUGAUCAUCAUGGGAACCUCGCUGGAGGUGGAGCCUUUCGCCAGUCUGGCGGGAUCUGUGCGCAGCUCCGUUCCCCGUCUGCUCAUCAACAGGGACCUGGUGGGUCCGUUCGCCUGGCGCCGCCGGCCUCAUGACGUCGUGCAGCUGGGCGACGUGGUCGCUGGCGUGCGAGCCCUGGUCGAUGCCCUCGGCUGGACUCAGGAGCUGGACGCUCUGAUGGCGGCUGGUGCUGAGAAAGCUGCAACAAAGACAGAAGAGUGACGACUACAACGCAUCAAGAUGGAGGUUUGACUUUAUUCACUCACUGCAACAAAAAACACCAACAGACUAAGUCUAGACUUUGUAAAAUGGGGUUCGUGUGGUGAUACCUGGAUCUGUGGUUACAUCAGAGGAAACUCACAGACUGGACAAUGAGGAACUGCUACAACAGUCGAAUAUCAGCAAAACGCAGGUGAGUGACACGCAGGGGAAACAAACCAGGUGCAGGUUUAUAUGUGCAGCUGAUUGACCAUGUGGACAUAAUAAUAAGAAAGAUGUGCAAUAUUAUGUUUUAUUUAUUCACCUCUAACUUCAUGAAAUGUGUCGAAAGUCUGCAAAAGAAAAGCAACGUCCGUUCAUAUGAAGUCAUUUAAUUCCACUGAAAAUCAUUACUUUAGUGGAAUUAAAAGUCCAAAUUUAAAGGUCCCAUAUGUCAUAAAGCAGGUCUGAAUGUUGUAUAUAAACUGUGAAAGUGUUGAAAUGUCAAUCCAUGGUGAAAUACUCACAGCCCCUAUUCAGAGACUGUGGAUCCAAACUCUACAGUAAAGACCAUCCACAGUGUUACAGCGUUCUCAAUGUGUCCGAGUUUAUUUGCGAUGUGUGUGAAUGACAUCAGCUGACAGGAAGUAAACAUGGACCCAAGCUGCAGCGGUUCAGACAGCGGAUGAAGACAGGUGUAUUCAGAGAAAAAUAAAGAGUUUUUGAACAUUAAAGCAUGAAAACAUGUUCUAUUAUAUACCCAAAAUACGAGUAGGAACUUGAAAAAUGUGCUCAAUAUGUCUCCUUUAAAUAAAUAUCAAUAUUUAAGGGAAAUACGGGAAAACAAGAUGUUAUGUUUAGAUUUUUAAUCUUUUUAAGUUAUUUCCUAAAUCGGCUGCUCGCUGUAGCUUUUGAUCAAACAAACAGGAGGAAAUAGAGCUUUUGUUGGGGACUAUUUUCAGCAGCGGAUGAAUCCACAUUUGGUGCU